AUGAAGUCUUCCUCUCUUCCAACAACCUCUUCAGAAACUCGUAGUCAUCACGUGGGUUCUGUUCCUUCUUCUUUAACAUCAUCUCCGAACUCACCAUCUCCUCAUCAGAAUCAUCAGAAUCACCACCACACUUCUCAUCAUCAGACUCAUCAUCAUACCUUUCUUCCUCCUCAUUCCUACAUGAUUCAACAACAAGAACCAACCUCAUUGAGUAAUGAUAAAUCCACCUUACUUGCAAAAAAACAAGUCAAACAAUUGAGAUGGAUUGAUUUUAUUAGUGGAUCGAUGGCUGCAAUUGUUUCAGAUACAUUAUUACAACCUUUGGAUACAGUGAAAACAAGACAGCAAUUUGUGGGAGAGGUCGUUGCUGGUGGUCAAACAACAAAUCGAUUUGUGUAUCGGAAUGUUUUUGAUGCAUUUUGGACGAUUGCAAGACAAGAAGGAAUGAGAGGAUUAUUUAGAGGAUGGGUCCCUACCAUGUUUGGAAGUUUACCAGCAGGUGCCAUCUACUUUGGAACUUAUGAAUCAAUGAAACGUUUCUCAAUGCAACAUUCUGAAUAUUUAAGAGAACACAAACAUUUUGCAUACAUGCUUAGUGGUAGUAUUGCAGAGUUUAUGGGAAGUUUAGUAUUUGUUCCAUCUGAAUUGAUCAAAUGUCGUUUCCAAACAAAUACUUUACCUCAAUAUCAAUUAGAACAAGCGACUUGGAAAACUUUUUAUCAAGUGGCAAAGGUGGAGGGAGUGACAGGAUUAUUUCGAGGAUAUUCUGCAACGAUGGUGAGAGACAUUCCUUAUAGUAUGACACAAUUUUUAUUGUAUGAAUUGUUAAAAAAAACAAUUCUGAAACGAAAAAAACAAGCAAUGAAACAACAAGAAAUGGAAUUAUCGAGUAAUAAUAAUCAUUUGGAUGUGACAUCACAAGGCAAUGGAAAUUACAUGUUAAAAACGAUACCACCAAAAGUCAAAUUAAGUGUUUUAGAAUCAAUCUUGGUUGGAGGAACGGCAGGUGGUGUGGCUGCAUGUUUAAGUAAUCCUAUUGAUGUCAUCAAAACUCGGCUUCAAACUUCCAUUUCAUUUCGAGGUGGUUUUCUGAGUAUGUUUCGACAUAUCAUGAAGGAAGAGGGAUGGAGAGGGUUUUUCAAGGGUGUGACACCGAGAGUGAUGUGGGUGACAUUCUCAACUGCUAUCAUGUUUUCAGUGUUUGAAUUUGUUUCUCACGCAUUAACGGAACGAUUUGUGGAUGAUGACAGUAAUGGAAGUGAUGAGUCAAAAAGUACCAGUAGUGGCAACAUUGCAUCCUCUUCUUCCACAUCAUCUAUCGAGAAACGUGGGGCUGCCUUGUCUUCCGAUCGAGUGCUUUUGGAAAAUGUGAAUGCAGCCUCUUCUAGUGAUUCCUUGAAAUAA